UCGCCAUAUUGUCUUGUAUUUUUUUCAUGGAUUCUUUUAGUACUUCCUGAAAAGUAUCGGAAAAGAAUAAAAUUUACUAUCAGUGGCUAUUGGAUUUAGCAACUAUUGGAGAAUUAUUGAUCCUCAGGAGGGAUGAUGUCUAGAAAACAAUAUCUGUUGUUUGGAACUGCUGUUCACAUAUAUUAGUAUUGGAUAAAGAUGGAAGCUGUCCAAAUGCCUUCACGUUACAUCAUUGUUUAUGAUAAGCAAAAUAUUUCGAACCAAGAUGUCGUGUCCAAAUGGGGAUAUUUUUUGAUAAUUCUAAAGAAGAUUUAGUGAUAGUGUGAAUAUGGCUGUUUAACUAAUUGAUGAAAGUGGUACUGGAAUUAUAAAAAUGUUUUCCAAUAUUGAGGAGCCAACUGGAGCCGGGGAAGGAAAGCAGGAAAAGCGACGGUCAUUCCUGCAGCAACCUAAGUCCUAUGUUUCGAAACUCCCAACCCUGGGUGCUUCUCACACCCCGAGCCCACCCACAGUACCUUCAAUCCCGAAGCCAAUCCAGCAUGUGAGUUCUAAACCUUUGGAGGUUUACACACCGAAAACCAAGCCCAUCCCAAUACCCCAGUCCUGUCCCACCGGUCAGGACAGCUUGACAGACACGCCUGAACCCCAGGAGUUCUUUAUUGGGGAUCGUAUUACCAUCGGAGGGAUUAAGACUGGGACACUUCUGUACUUUGGUACAACUCACAUAGCAGCUGGACUGUGGUGUGGUAUUUCUCUAGAUGAACCCGAAGGCAUCCAUGAUGGUUUUGUUAACAAUGUGAGGUAUUUUACAUGCCGUAAAGGGCACGGUAUUUUCGCCCCUGUGGAAAGGGUGAGUCAUCUUGAUGCUAAAGCUGUGAGAAAUAUUAUAAAGACCCCUCCUAGGUUUUCCCAAAUCCCUAGUAAAUCUAAUGUGUGUGAUAUAAGUCCCAUUAAGGAUGAAAUAGACUACGAUGAUAGGUCAGAAGAACUGAUCAGUGAUAUUCUUGAACCUGAUAUUAGUCCCAUAACUGAUGAAAUAGGGUAUGAUGAUAGGUCGGAAGAAUUGCUAGAUGAUAUCCUUGAACCUGAAUUAGAAGAUGAUAUUCUUGAACCUGAAUUAGAAGAAGAUAUUCUUGGCCUAGAUGAACAUGGUAUUCUUCAUGAUGAUUAUUUAGAUCAGACUUUUGAUUCAAAUAUUACUAAGGAAUCUUCAAGUGUCAAGCCUAAGCGUAAACUACCAACGCCACCAGGACAUUCAGAGCAAACUGGGACAAGAUUAAAGUAUUUGGAAAAGGACGGUAGCAAGGAAGAAAGUAUUGAAUAUGAAGAUGGGGAGAGGCAGGACUCUGUAGACACUGAAAGUGAUCUGGAAGAGUUUGAAAGUCUUAGAACAUUUAGUAUGGAGGAGAAAUUUUGCGAAGGAUCAGAGAUUCAGAGUUCUGCUGGGGGAAGUUCUGCUGGGGAAGAUUCUUGGAGCUUACACAAGGAUUACCUUGCCAUGUGUGAUGGAAAGGCCCAGUAUCUGAACAUCACAUUUGAUGGGGAGUCUGAGAGCAAGGCCUCAACACAAGAGCCUUCAGAGGAAUCCCCAUCACCAGAGUUCAUAUUUGAUCAAGAAAUGAUUGAAGAUGGUGAGUUUUGCUCUCAGCCUGUUGAAGUUAGUCGAGAUUCAAGCUUAGGGUUAAUUUCUAGUUUCACAUUGGAUAAGAAUGAUUUAUUGACUGAAAUAUUUGGUGAAGAUGAGGAAGAGGAACUAAUGACUUCGCAAGGAACUCUUGAACCAAUGUCUGAAGAUAAAGAUACUUCUCCGGAGAAGACACCAGAGAGACAGUCCGACUUAAAUUCAUCAGUAGACUUAGAUGAUGGUGAUAUUGUUACUUCAACUCCUUAUGUUGAUAAUUCAACAAAAGCUGGUGUAGUAAGAAAUCUCAAUGAAACUUACACACAAGAUGAUAGUCUCGUUGAAUCUAGUCACAAACCUGAAAAAGUGUGCUUAAACUCUACAUUCACACAAGAGACAGGUAAGAGUGUAUCUAGUCAAGGCAAUGUGGGUAAUACAGAAAAUCUAAAUGGAACAUUCACUGUUGAUGAUAAGGAUGACCAGAGUAUAGAAAAAGCUGAAAAGGCAGAUAUACCAAGCAAAGGUGCAAUGGUAGACUCUGGUAUUUCUUUGAGAGGAUCUAUGUCAGAAAGCUCUGGCUCCUUAAGGGCUUCAAUGAUGGAAUCAGCCCCUUCCAUGAAAGGUUCUUUGAUGGAUCCUGGCAUCAGACGGAGUAUGUUAGACUCUGGAAUAUCUGUACAAAGUGCUAUAAUGUCAGAAUCCCAGAAUGCUUUAAAGGCUGCUUCAAGUGCUACUAAAAGUGAUCUUAUUGAAAAGGUAAAAGAUGCGAAUAGUGCUCAUAUUAGUGCAACUAAAGUGUGUUUUGUGGAGUCGAGUGUGCUGGGUGAGGAGGAGGGUAUGUCAAAGGGGGUCGUGCACACAGAGCUGGAUGACCGGAAACUUAUGCAGGAUCUGACGGACGGACAUGUGAAGAAGGACCGACCAAUCUCCUUUCUUUCCACAACCAGUGCUGACACAGGGUAUUUACCUGACACGGACUCGGAGUUUGGCACGCUGACCUUGAACUCACCCCAGGAAUGGAUGGACAGGGGCUUCCAUGGACCCAGUGUCAAACCGGUGCCCGAACUGGUCGAACAGGAAAUAGAAGACGCCAAAACUGGGCGGCUAGUUCCUGUUGGUGUGGAAUCUGACAGUGACAUUGGCACGAUGACCUGUGACACUGACACAGAUGGUGACGUUGGGAGAGCAGAGGUAAUAGCCAUGGGCAACAUCUCUGAGGACAACGGAGAAUCUGAGGAUGAGAUCACACAAAUUGAAGAUAAAAAGGGCCUAAAUACAACAGUUACCUUGGAGAGUAAGAAACAGAAUGACACAAUUACGAUUGAGCCUUCAGAGGACUCCGCACUUGAGUCUACAUUUACAAUAGAGGGUGAAGGAAAACAAGAAACUGGUGAAAAGGAUAAGGAUGAAAAUGAGAACAAUAGUGCUGUGAAUGAGACCAUAGAUAUUGUGGAGAUAGUCAUAGAAGAUAAUGAUAAAAGUCUUGAGAUUGAAAAAUGUGAAAUAGAGGAGAGGAUUAGUGAGAAGAAAGUGGAAAAACAGAAAGUUCAGAAAAAGAAACGGUUUAAUGUGGUGAAAGACUUUAAAAAGCCGAAUACUACAAACGUGGUUUCCAAGUUGUCCGAAUAUCUAAAAACACCUGUUCCGAUAAAGAAAAGGGAAGAUAAACAUAACACUGAAGAGGCUAAGAAUAAGAGAAACUCGAUCAAGGGAAAGAUUGACCUGUCAAAGGUUACAAGUAAGAUAGGAAAUAAGAGUAUUGUCGAUGAGAGUAAGAAAAAGAAUGAAGAGAGUGAAAAGAAGGAUUCCCCAGAACAGGUGGAAAAGGAAAAAGAAGUUAAAGAAGUUAAGAAAAUAAAAAGAACACCGCCUAAAAGUAAAUGGGAUGCAAUUAUGAACAAGAUAGAGACUAAAAAAGACACGGAUAAGGAAAAACCCAAACCUGAAGUGAAGAGCAAGCUCGAAGCUUUCUUGCACAUUCCACCACCUGCCCCUCCAAAAAAAGAGGUAGAACCUCCAAAACCCAAGAAGAGAAUUUCAUCUGCAAUGCCUGAUUAUAGUAAGGUUCAAAGUAAGCUGAAAUAUACUGCUCCACCACCACCUCCGAAACCAAGGAAAGAUGAAUCACCAAGCAGAUCGACCACUAAUUCACCAAGAGGAAAAAUGCUGUCACCUGGGAAAGCGGUGCCUGAUUCACCAAAAAGAAAACCAUCUCUUGUGAAAUCAGCAUCACCGAACAGAGCAAGAAAUGGCUCACCUGGAAGGAAAGACAGCAAAGAUCAAUCACCUUCACGAUCAAAAGAAGAAAUCAACAAUGGUAAAGAAAAGCUAGCAAGUAAGAGAUUAUCAAUUCAGAAUGAACGAGUGCGGAACUUGUCGGGAGAUUCUCUGAAAAGGCCAGAAAUUCGAGACAAAGUGGUCCACAUUGACCUUGCGGAGUCUCUUGAUGGAAGAGGUAGUAGGAUGGGGAUGGAGUCGGCCAUGAGUUCACGACAGAGCAGCCAGACGGACAUGAGUACCACUGAGGAUGAUAACUUAUUCAAUGAUGGUACUGUUAAAAUGUUGCCACAAAUAGAGCGUGCGAUGUCACUGCAAGACAGACGUGACAGCUCCAACUCCAUCAGUGAGAUUUCCGAGGCUGGAUCACAGGUGACAGCACAUGAGCUGGAGUUGAAGAUGCAGAAAGCUGCAGCCAAUCAGUUGAGGCGAAAGUCAGGCUUGGUCCAGCCCAACAAUUACCAAAAUCGUAACAAGACGAGCAAGUCGAAGACUAAGGACGAGAAGGGCAAUGAAAAGGUCGUUGAGACCGUUCCUGCGGAGGUCCACACGCAGGAGGUUCAGCGUCUCGAGGCCCUGUGCGAGGGCCGCACCAAGCAACUCAACAUGGUGAAACUCCAGUUACAGUCCACAACACUCGCCUUUGAUGGCAUGGCUUCUACAGUAAACUACCUCGCUCACGAUUUGGAUGCCUUCUCUUGUCCAAGUCUGGUAAAAUCGAUUGAAAAUUCGAAGAAGCUUAUUGAAGAACAGAAGAUGAGGAUUACUGGGCAUGAGGAAAAUAAAGCAAGUCUGGAGGGGAUCAUUGCCAACAUGAAGGAACAGCACAAGGAGUAUAUAACCAGUCUCGAGAGCGAGACUGACAAAACUCUACAGUAUCAACGGGAAGCCCUGGAAGAACACUACCAAGAUGAAUUAAAAGAAGUAAAAACCAAUAAGUCUCAUGAAAUCUCCGAACUGCGCAAGUCUCAUGAGGCGUACAUCAUGCGGUUGGAACGGGAACAUGAGGUUGCCAUGGAUACACUGCGGGCCACACAUGGUGACGCUAUACGACAACUACAGAGUCGACAAGAACAUCAGAUGGAAGAAUUGCACAAGCAGCACCAGGACAAGCUUGAGGACAUCACGAGCAGGUUUGAUGGUAUAAAGGUCACCCUGUCUGAGAAGGUGGAUACAUUGAGGUCGGAGUGUGAACGACUCCGGGAACGAGCCCGCCACUGUGAGGAUGCCUUGCAGCGGGACUCAGAUUUUAAAGUGCAGUGUGCACUGGCGCCAUACAAGAACUUACCUAAGGAGAUAGAGAGCUUAAAGACCGUGCUUGAGAUGAGGAAUGCUGAAAUCAGUAAACUCAAAACUCACAAUACUGAGCUCGCCAAAAAGCUUGAGGAGUUGCCAGUUGCCCAGGAGAAAAUCAUCAGCCUGCACCAGAAGAAAGAAAACUUGGAGGCCAUAAUCAGCAUGAAGACAGAUCAUGAAAAGACGCUUCAUGAGAGAUGUCAAAGCCUGAUGCGGAAGUAUGACAAGGAAUCUCGCGCGAACAAGCGACUCUCCAUGGAAUAUGAAGAACUCAUGUGGAAACUCUCCGAGUCGUUCAGUGAGUCUGAUGUGGGCACACAGGAAGCUGCAUUCUACCAGAAACUUGGAAUGUCACCCACAAGUGAGUUGGGCUCUCCGGUGUUUGGGCGUAAGCUUCGCACGCCCAAUGGCUCAGAAGGGAGUCCAUCGAAGAGCCCUGGAUACAGGCGUACACUGUCUUCCAGUGUAGACGACAGAGAGGAGAAGAAAUUGAAACGCCGUUCUGGGAAUUACCUUAUUGAUGAGGCCAAGCAAAACCAGAGAGCAACCAGCCCUCUUGCGAAACAGAAUCAAAACCCACUGACGAAAUCUUGGUCUCCUGGUACCCAGUCUAGUUCCCCUAGUCCAACAAGGAUGACUGGGAAAACAGUGGGAAAAAUGUCCCAGUCAUGGUGUGUAGAGAUGGACAAUAGUCACGAGGGAGUGGAACCUGCGAGCAGAAUUCCACGCAGCAAAUCUAGUUCAGAGAAACAGUCUCGACGUAAAUUAAUCACUGCUGAUAUUGACAGUGGGGAAAAUGUUGACAAUGACAAGAUGUUUGUUUCGACAACCGAAUCUUUGAACACAGACUCGCACUGCAUAGAAGAAAGUGUUGAACUUUCUGCAAGUCUGAAAUCCAAUGGGCUUUCGGAGAAAAGUGAGGACUCGUUUCAAAUUUCCUCUACGCCAAGGUCGGGUCGUGAGACUGUGACCUUGUCGACAAGUUACAAUGUGUUCAAUGAAAAUGAUCAGGACAACCAGUCCAUGGCAAAACAGGACAGUGGUGAAUUGAGGGACUCGCUAACACAGCCGGCAAACCAGUCAACUUCAGGUGCCAGUCUGCGGAGUGAGACUGUGUUAUGUCCUGUCUCAAAACUGCCUAUUAAGUCAGAUAAAAGUGAUUCAGAUGACCAUUCUGCCAGUAAGGGGAAAAGCCACACUGAAACUACUGUAUGAUCUUGAGAAUUCAAAUCAUUUUGCGCAAUCGGAACACCUUAGUUAUUUUCAAUAGAAAACAACCUCUGAUGAAUAUGGGUAGUUUACAAUGUCAGAAUUCUUUACAUUUAACUACGCUGCAAGGAGAUUGCGUAGUAAUUUUAACUUAGUUGUUAUGUCUAAGGACUUUACUCUUUAUGAAUCUAAAUUAUUUAUGCAAAAAGACACUUCACUGGGAAACAAUUUGAACUAAGUAAUACAAAUUACAUGUUAAAACAAUACAACUUAUUAACAAUAUGAUUAUUUAUUUUACCAAACUACCUCUACAUGACUGUACACUGGUAUACAUCCAAGGUCGAUUUCAAUGGAAAAUGGCCACAGUGUUCCGAUUACAUUUUGAAUACAGUUUAACUAAUUUGUGAAUAUGUAGAAAACAAAUAUGUGUCUUAUGUGAAAAGAGCAAUAGUGUUCAAUUAUAUUCUGUUGAUUUUUUUCACUUCUUUGUGCUAAAUAAUUAUAUUUAAUGUUAUGAUAUUGUAGCUUGGUUAGGAAAUUAUUUGCUAUUUUGUUUUCAAAAUUGUGUAAAACAUUGCAUGUAAUCGUCAGAAUAUGCAAUUAUUUCUUUUCUAUCGAUUGUGGAAUUUUAUUAAUUAUGUUUUUAGUUGUACUUGCAGUAAAUUAACGAUCACAUGUCUUGAUUUAUGCAAUUUCUUGCUUGAACAACUUUGUAGAUGGUAACCUUCUAUUCCCUAUCACAGAAAAUUGUGAUUACUUUAAAGCCAUUCAUUUAUUAAUCAUGUGUCAAAUCUUUAUGUAAAAUAAAUACUUCAUGGGACCAAACUUCACUCCAUCCAUAAGAUUAGUUGCUGAAUUGUGAAAACGGCUUAUAUAUAACAUGCUGAUUGUUGGGAACUUCGUUAAAGUUAACAACAUUUUUAACGUCAUCAUUGUUAACUUUCAAAUCUUCGCUACACAGGAAGUUUCAUGGACAUUCUCGUUAUUUGCAGUACUUCUUAUACUUUUUGAGGCAACUGUUACAGCUGUGUUUGUUUCAUUUAAAAUUAUCAGUACAUCAAUAAAUAUUCCACGUUAAAAAAGAUGCCAUUAACAAUAUUGUUUACUUUUUUCAAAGUUCUGAGUCAUCUGUCCAAUAUUGGGCUGAUAGUCCAUAAAUUGGUUAAAUUUAACAACGCGAAAAGAUAUCGUUAACUUUUAAAUGUGAAAUAUUUGGUGGUAUACUCACAUAUUUAAAUAUUAAAAAGUACAGCUGAGACAGUUGCACCAAAUUUUAGCAGAAAUACAGCAGAUCAAAAGUGUAAAUGCGGUAACGAUUAAAAGUUAACAACGAUGGUUUAACAACAUUGUUAACUUGAACAAAGUUUAUAACCAACGAGCCAAUAAUGUGUGUGAUGACUCUUGCAGGUAUGUUUCCGGUGAAUGAAAUUCUGUAUUUGUAAUAACUAUGCUGUAUUAUACUUUGUGAAAGUGUGUUAUAAGAUAUAUAAAAGCGAGUUGUCUAAAUAUAUGUCAGUGAAUAACAUGUAUCAUUGAAUUUGUUAUCCGGAAGAAUUGUAUGUUAAUUAAUUGGCAGCCAAUUGUAUUGAACCAGUUAAGUCUUUGGUUUGGUUAAAUUUGGCCAAAAGAUUAAUUGAUUGGUCAAUAUUUAUCCAACAAUUAAUAUUGACCAAUCAAAAUGCUUAAUGAGCACACUAGCUGAGAAUAACUUGUGGACAUGUUCUCCAGUUUUAUACAUUUGCUGCUGCUGAUGAUUAUUAUGAGAUUGUUACAAAUUUGUCUUUUACUCAAUUUUGAUCUAUUUGAAACAUUUGGUCAAUGAAAACAUGACAUCAAACAUUGUAACCUCUUCAUUUACUUACCAUUAGAACUGUUUGCAAAUAAACAUGCAUUUCAAUCUGUAAAAUAAAGAACGUCCACAACGCAAGUUUGUGAAAACUGCCCUAAGGUUAUGAACGUAUGUUUGUAUGACAAAUUGCCUGCAAAACUGAAUGUGAUUAUGCAAGAAUAAGCAUGUUUUUCAAUGGUGCCAAAUUUGUAUAUAUUGUAACACUGAAAUCCACCAUGGGCAGUAACUGCUUAUGUAAUUUCAUCCUGUUGAAUAAAGAUAUGUAAGAGUUAUCUCUCUUACUCUCUUAACUUGCAUAUUUUAACAAACCAAAAACUAAAGGAAUUUAUAUGAAAUUAUUUCAUUUCUGAUUGAUAUCAGUAAGAUACUACAUCUUACAAAUGUAGUUGCUGCCAAAAAUAUUAAAAUGAUCUCCCCUUGAAAAACAAAAAAAAUCAUUCCAGAUUUUGAUGAAAAAAAACUUGUUCUUUUUUUACAUUCAGUUGAACUAUUGAAAUUCUGAUGGCAUUAAUUUUGAUGAUGAAAAUUUUCCAGUUGAAGUCCUUAAAGCUGUACUCUUACUGACUAAUGGUUUUGACAAAUUUUUGUGUGUCUUGGAAUGAGCCAAUUUUUUAUGGAAAUGAGACUGCUGACAAAAGAUCAGAUUGCAGUUUUUCAUAUUUCUGUUGGAAAAUUAAUGUUUAAUGGCCAAAACGUUACUGACGCUUUAACAAAAUGCAUAAAACAUCAAUUUUUGAAUGUAAAUAUGAAAACUUGUGAUCUAAUUUUUUGUCAGCAGUCUUAUAUCACUGGUUUUCAUGCAUUUUCGCAAAAAAUGGCUCAUUCCAAGACAAAAAAAAAAAAUAUAAAAAAAUGUCAAAACUUUCAAUCUGUGAGAAUGCAGCUUUAAAACUUAUUUCUGUACUGCAAUUGUCAUAAUUUUUAUUCCUACAGGAUUCAGGUUUUCCGUUUAGAAUGUGAUUUUUGUCUAUAUACAUGUAGGCUGUGUUAUUUAUAGUUUCAUUGUACAUAUUGUUGUAUUUCAAUGUUCAUAUUGCUGAUGUAUCAUGGUAUUCAUUUGAACAAAUUUGUGUGCUUAAUAUGUAAUGUAUUUGUUAUUUUUAAAUAGUUUGUGAGUUUAUUUAUUUAUUUCUUGAAUAUACAUAUAUAUAUAUAAUGUUUAUGUUGUCAGUUUUACUUAAUGUUUGUCAAUUUUUCAGCAAAUUUCAAAGCUGCCUUCAUUCUUGAUAGCGGAUAUUUUGUAAAAUUGAAUAUUUUCAUUUAAAAUAAAUUUUUAUUAUGUACAAAUUGAUAAAUUGUAAAUAAAAUGAAAUGCUCUAUCUUACACCUCAUAGGUUGGCCCUGAGGUUGUACUCAAUAUUCAAAUUAAGCAACUCUUAUGCAUCAUUGACUUCAUUCACUCUAUUGGUCAGUUAUUAAUAACAAGUAAUCCGAUUAGCUACAUCAUUCUUAGAUCCAAUUAAGACAAAUACUGUAUACCAGCCCAGAAUUUAAACGCUGCCAUUUCAAAAUUACAGAAAAGUAUGCCUUGUGUUGCCAUCUUAUCACUGCAGGUAUCGUAGGAUAGCUAUUUCAAAUUCAAUAUUUCAGAGUAUUAAAACAUAUACUUCAAAACUUAGAGGGUAUUGCUCACUUAAGGCGAAGAGUUUCUGAUUUUGCAAGCACAACUGUCAGUUCAACUUGCGACAACCACUUAAUAUUUGAUUGAAAUUGAUGACUUUAUUUUCUUUGGUCAUAGUCUCAUUGAUGAGAUGGCCUCUACUAGUAUAAGCAAUUUCUUGACAGUUGGUGCGUUUUUUUUGCCAUAUUAUGAUGAUCAAUAUAAAAUGAAAUAGAAUAGGUAUGAUAACCAUCUUUCAAGUCUAAGUUUGGGAUUUUUCUAUUUAAGGCUGUAUUUCAUUUGUUGGUAGCAGAGAUGCAUUGCUUGUAUUAUAUUGACAAAUAAAUGUUACAAUUUA